AUGCCGCUCCGCAGCAUGCCCCUGGACGACCUGAGCUCGGACGACUCGGGCGCGGAGUCCUACCGCUCCACGGGCCUGAUCGGCGCGGACCUCUCCUUCAACCGCAAGCGCCCCGCGGCCACCCCUCCGAAGGCCUUCGUCCCGCGGCUCAACCUCCAGAAGAUCCAUGACCAGCGCGCCGCCAAGGGUCGCUCGAAACACAGCACCGCGAGCAAGCACGAACGGACGUCCUCCGCGGCCAGCAAGAGCACCGCCCCGAAGGAACCGCGCGGGCCGGCCUUCAAAGCCUCCCUCCCCGCCGCCGCCCUCCCGCCCGCGCCCGCGCCCGCGCCGCCCUCCGUGGAGCCGCGGUCCAGCAGCGCGGCCACCAAGGCGGUCGCCUCCCCGGAGCGGACGCGCGACAGCAAGCGCGCGGACGCCGCGGAGUCCGCCCCGCCCAGGGCGCCGGCGCAGCAGGUCGAUGCUGCCAACCUCCCCGUUUUCGCGCCAGCAAGCAACGCGCGGCCGCCCGCGGAGCCCGCGGCGCAGCGGGACGCGGGCCGGGCAGGCGUCCCGGCCGCUGCUGCGCCCCCGCCCCCGCGAGGAGGCGCCAGCCCCCCGAGGGCGACGCCGCUGCGAGUGACAGCGAUGCCCAGCAGCAGCGACGCCGCUGCGUCGCGCAGCGCAGCGCAGCCUGGCUCGCUGACGGCGACCUCCGCUGACAGCGCGCCGGCGAGGGCCACGCUGCCGUCGCUGACGCAGAUGCUGGCCGCACCCGCCACCCCUCCGCCGCCGGCAGCGCAGCAGCAGCCUGCGCUUGCGACGCCGGAACACAGACCUGCGUCGAAGUCGCCGGCGACGUCGCCGCAGGCCGUGGGCGGCGCGCAGGGCGCCAGUCCGGACACCGUGGCGUCCUCCACGAGCCCUGGAGCGACGAAGGCGGCCUCGUCGGCUGCGAGCCCCGCACUGGCGCACCCAACCACCAGCGCACCGCUGGCCACGGACGGCGCGCCGCGCCCCACGGCGGCACUGCCCCGCCCGCGCCUCAUCGCGGGCUCCCCGGAGCGGGUGCCGCGGAACUGGGUGCGGCCGAGCCUGACGCGGUCUGCCUCGGCGGGCGUCGAGCGGCCCUUUGCCGGGGCGCAGGACGCGCCGGCGACCGCGGACGGGCCCACGCCGCUGCGGCGGCGGAGCGGGCCCUCGCUGGAGCGGCUGUGGGAGAACGACGGGCUCGCGCGGAAGAACUUCUUGUCGCACGAGGCCCUGGAGGCGCACUUUGGGGCCAACAGCAUGCAGCGCAACCAGAUGAGCCAGCUGCCGCACAUCCCGCGCCUGCCGCCGCGCCAGCAGGUGUCGGAGAUGUCGGUGCAGGUCGCGGUGCGCCUGCGUCCGCUGAUCGCGCAGGAGCUGAGGAAGGACAGCGCGGUGGGCGUGCACGCCAACAUGCAGGAGGCGAACAACUUCGUCCUCGCAGGAGAGGGACAGGGAAAGAUGUAUCGGUUUGACAAGGUGUACGGGCCGGCGAGCACGCAGCAGGAGCUGUAUUUCGGGAGCGUGGCGCCCCUGCUGUCGGAGUACGUGAAGGGCUUCAACGUGACGGUCAUCGCGUACGGACAAACGGGCAGCGGCAAGACGUACACCAUGGGCACAGGGCUCGCGGCGGAGGAUCGCAGCCUGGCGGCGGUCUCUGCGGGCGAGGACUCCGCGGUGGGGAUCUUGCCGCGCGCCCUGAGCGCGAUCUUCGCCGAGCUGCACACGAAGCAGGCGGAGGGCGAGCGCGCGGGCAAGCCGGUGUACCACCGCCUGACGUGUCAGUUCCUGGAGAUCUACAACGAGGAGAUCCGCGACCUGCUGGUGGCGGACGGGCCGUCGCGGGGCGGGGCCGCGGGGGCGGCGCUGUCCAUCAAGGAGGACGGCGACGGCGCGAUCGUGGUGGCGGGCGCGAGCGAGGUCGAGGCGGCGAACCUGGAGGCCGCGGUGCGCAUCUUUGUGCACGGCGUGGCCAACCGCGCGACGAGCGCGACGUCGGUGAACGACACGUCGUCGCGCUCGCACGCGAUCUUCACGCUCGCGCUCGAGCGCAUCGACCCGGUCAUCAACAGCCGCACCGUCUCGAAGCUGCACCUGGUGGACCUGGCCGGGAGCGAGCGGCAAAAGGUGGCGCAGACGCACGGGCGGCGGCUGAAGGAGGGCAUCAGCAUCAACCAGGGGCUGCUGGCGCUGGGCAACGUGAUCAGCGCGCUCUCGGACGAGAGCCACGUCGGCCCCGCGGACGCGCGGCGGCACCAGCAUGUGCCCUACCGCGCCUCGAAGCUCACGCGCCUCCUGCAGGACUCGCUGGGCGGCAACUCCCGCACGCUGGUCCUCGCGUGCGUCAGCACGUCGAUGCUCGCCCUCAGCGAGACGGUCAACACGCUCAAGUACGCCACGCGCGCCAAGCAGAUCAAGAACCGCGCCGUCAAGGGCGACUUUUUGCUCAACGGCAAGCCCGAGCACUUCAUGGCGUCCAUGCGGCACCUCCAGCAGUACCUCGACCACGCGGACGACAUCGGCCCCGGCGCGGUGCCCGACCUGAGCGGGUUCGGGCACGACGUGCUGUGGGGCAUGCUGCUCAAGCUGCGCAAGCUGGCCGACCGCGCGAAGAGCAAGGCGGUCCUGCAGCACGAGCGCGAGCAGGAGCUGCUCGACGAGAUCGCGGUGCACAAGGCCGAGGUCGCCAAGGAGAAGGGCAAGCGGCUGCAGGCCGUGCGCAUGUCGCAGCGCACGCGCGCCCAGGCCCUCACCAUGGACCGCGGGGCCGCGCUGCGGUACACCGCGGGGCACACCGGGCAGUCCCCCGCCGCGAAGGACCCCGCGGCGGACCGGAAAGACCCGCGCGGGCGCGGACGCCCCAGCGACCCCGCGCAACUCGUCGACCAGGUGCUGCAGCUGCAGCAGGACGGCAAGCUGCCGCCCGAGGUGUGGAACCGGCUCUCGCAGGCCGUCGCCACGACGCCGUCGAACACGCCGCCCGCGAUGCAGCUCCCGCCGCACUUGCGCACCACCCCGGGCACCGCCUCGAGCGCCGCCAGCCCCCAGCGCCAGCGCCAGCGCCCCGCCACGGCGCCGCAGAACGGCCCCGCCGAGAACGGGCGCGCGGGCCCCGCCGGCGGCUCGUACAGCCGCGGGACGACGCCCCCGACCGCUCCGGCGCGGCGGCGCGCGGACGACGACCUUGCGGACAUGGACGUGCAGCUGCGGAGGGAGGAGGAGGAGCUGCGGCGGCUGCAGGGGGGCGCGGGGCACGCGGCGCUCGCGCAGCGGCGCAUCGACCGGGAGCUCGAGGAGGCCGAGGCGGAGCUCGUGCAGCUCAACACGCAGCUGGGCCGGCCGCUCGGCGGCCUCGAGGGCCGGGACGAGGGCGCCGGCGCGAGCGUGGCGACGCCGGAGCAGACGGCGCCGCAGGCCGCCGGUGCGGUGCAGGACGCGACGCCGCCUGCGCGGCCGUCGGCAGUGAAAUCGUCGUCGCGCGAGCAGACGGGGACGCCGGCCUCCGUGGCGCACGCGUCCCCGGCGACCCCUGCCACGGAGCGCGCCAAGACCUCCAAGAAGGGCGGGUACGCGUCAAUGUUCUCCCGCCUCUUCUCGCGGCGCACGCCCCGCACGGCACCGCCGAAGCUCGCCAAGCAGGCGGCAGACGAGCCCCCCGCGCGCGUGAAGCGGCAGGCCUCGGCAAAGAUGCCCAGCCGUGCAGAGGCGCCGACGACCACGCCGGAGUCCGUCGCGCCCAUUCCCAUCGAGGUCGGCACCGCGAGCCCGCCCCCCAACCUCCGCACGUCGAUGAUGAGCUCCCCCGCGAGUCAGUCACCCCCCCCGCCGUCGCCAGAAACCGCACACCUGCGCUCGCAGCCGUCCGGGGCGCGCGGCCAGGCCCUGGCGGCGCUCCGUCGCUCCCAGCUCACCCGGACGUCCACGUCGAAGGCUGCUGGGUGGGAGGACGGCGACAGGUCGCAGAGCGAGGCCCGGUCCCAGGUGGACCCGCGCUCCAAGAGUCUCACGUCGAAACAGGCCCUCGCGAACCUGCGGCGGUCGCAGCUGGAGCGCGCCCGCUCGCACGUCUCGGCGACGGGCGCGAGCCGCGCCAGCAGGGACGGCGCGCCGGGCCGGCCGGGCGACGAGCUGGACGACGCCACCUCUCAGCCCACGCAGCCGCCGCCGGCGUUUAGCGCGAGCCCGCCGGACGCAUGGCGGCCGGAGCGGUCGCCGAGCGCCACACGUCCACCGCUGGCCUCGGUGCAGAGCCGCGCGAGCAGCCAGCAGCCCCGGGAAGAGCCCAAGCGGAGGGCGCAGAGCGUGCAGCCGCAGCCCGGCGGCCAGGAGGCCCUGGCGGAGCACGGGCGACCGAACUCGUCGCGGAUCAGGCAGAUCAGGGACGACAGGACGCGGCAGCGCGAGGCGCUUGCGAUGCGGAUGGAGUCGAUGGAGGUGCACUUCCUGGGCCUGGUGGACGGCAAGGAGGGCACGCGCAUGAGCAGGACGUCGAUGCAGGAGCGCCCGCAGUCCUCGGCCACGCCGGACCAGCGCGCGUCCAUCGCGGGAAACUCCUCGCGCGUGUCCCUGUCCUCCACGCCGGCGCGCGACAGCAGCCGCGCCGGCGCCAACGACAACAGCCCUGUGGAGACCCCGCGGCUCGGCACGGCCCCCAGCGCGGCGGCCGACGACGACGCCGCGCCCGAGGCGCGCAGCGUGUUCCGGCUCGCCGAUCCAGGCCGCCUGGUGCAGACUUUCCCCGCCGCGGACGUGCCGCCGCGGCUGCCCAGCGCGGGCCUCACGGAGAAGGACGUGGCCUCGCUGGGGGCCAUCAACCGCGCGUCGUCGCGGGGGCACGAGUCCCUCGGCCUCACCGUGGCGCUCGCGUCGCACAACAUCGCGUUCUCGGACUCGGAACCCGACGGGUCGAGCAGCGCCGGGAGCGCCGGUGACGUUCCGCAAGCACGCGACGCGCGGCCCGCGCCGGCGAGGCGCCCGUCGGUGCCGCGCGGGCUGCUGUCCCCGCCGCCCCCGCCGCCCCGCGAGCAGCACGUCCACGCCAGCAGGGACUUGGAGAGCGUCGCGCCGCCCAUGCAGGACCGCCCGCGCACAGCGCCCGCGGCGAAGAAGCCGCGCGCGCCGGCGAAACAGCAGAGGGACUCGUCGGCGUCGCAGCGCAACCCGCCGAGCUACGCGGGCCUCGCUGCCGCGUCCGGGCACUCGAAGCCCGCGACGUCCACGUCGCGCGGGCGGGCGCGCGCCCCCGGGCCGGGGAAGACGGCGCAGGCGCCGCGCACGUCGCAGCGCGGGAGCGCGUCGGGGCAGGCGCAGAAGGCCAGGCAGCCCCCUCCACGGCUGCAAGCGACCCCCCGCGCCGAGGCGUCUGCGGGAACAAGCAGCGCUGCGGCAGUGCUGCCCGUGCGGCGGACCUCGAGCCAGUACUCGCCAGGCGCCUACGCGGACACGCAGCGCAAGUCUGGGUCGGCGGCGUCGCCGCGGCCGCCUUCGCGCACGUCGGCGCGGGCUCCGAGCCCGCAGGUGGCCAGCGCCGCGGUCGCCAACAGCAACUCGGGGCGGGCAGCGCGCGCAAGGGGGCCUGACAUCAACGCACACGUGCACGACCUCCACCUGAGUCUGUCGGACCUGCUCGGGUCCGGGGAUGCGUGCUGA